AUGCCAAGGUCCUUUCUGGUCAAGAAGGUGAAGGACGGCUUCUGCUCCACAGACGGCGACAAUGCGUACAUCCGGCACCGCGCCGACCUCCCUGUGCACCUCUCUGAGAAAGGUUACAUCGGUGAAUAUAUCACCCCUUCUGUAUACAAUGGGGACAGCAAUGGAGCCAUCAAAGUCCCCUCUCCAGAUGCCCUUUACACAGCGGUGCACAGCGAGUAUGGGGCCCCUGAUUCUGAACCACCUGACAGCCCACAGUCAGAGAUCACAGGUGGCUACAUUAAUGGGGACACAGCAGUCAGCGAGGGUUACUCAGUGGAUGCCUUCUUCAUCACAGAUGGGCGCUCCCGACGUAAGGUGGUAACUGGAGGGCGUUCCAUUCAGCGGCACAGCUGCAGUGAGUGCGGAAAGAGCUAUGCCACAUCUUCAAACUUAAGUCGACACAAGCAAACUCAUCGCAGCCUGGAUAGCAAGCUAGCCAAGAAGUGCUCAACCUGUGGCAAGGUAUAUGUGUCCAUGCCGGCCAUGGCCAUGCAUCUACUCACACAUGACCUCAAGCACAAGUGUGAAACCUGUGGGAAAGCCUUCAGCCGACCAUGGCUUCUGCAGGGCCAUAUGAGGUCCCACACUGGUGAAAAGCCCUUUGGCUGUGCCCACUGUGGCAAAGCUUUUGCUGACCGCUCCAACCUCCGUGCCCACAUGCAGACGCACUCUGCCUUCAAACACUACAAGUGCAAACGUUGCAGCAAGACCUUCGCUCUCAAAUCAUAUCUGAACAAACACUAUGAGUCGGCCUGCUUCAAGGGCGCUGUGCCUCCACUCAGCCCAAUGGAGGACUGA